AUGAAACCAGAGCCAUCAAACACAACUGAACCAAUAGAGGAAAAGGAAGAGCAACGGGAAGACGAAGGUGAAGAAGAGGAAGAUGAUGAACCUGAUGAAUGGGAUCAGAGAAUAAUGGAUACUGGCUGUCAUAAAGAGAAUUUACAAUUACAAUUGUGCCAUGCUGAUACUGGUGAUUGGAGGCAAUGUACAAAAGAAUUGCAAGCUUUCAAAGAAUGUUGGGAAAAGAAUAAAAACAAUGAAAGAACACUGACAGUUGACUACUAA